UUCGAAUGUAGCAUAAACAGAUUGGCUAGCGUACAUCUGGAACCAUCUUCCUAAAUAUUUGUUCACGUCCAGUUGUGACACCGUCGUUACUGCAGAGCCUAACCCAAACGAAUCCAACAGAAAACCUGACACUACAGAUAAAAGUGAUUAGUUGCCGUGAGUAGGCAGUGAGUUGAAGUCGUCCCUUUCCUGUAGUUAAAAAAGUGUGAAACAGUAUACAUUUAUACUAGAACAUGGCAAUGCAAUUUUAUGGGAAGAGAGCUCUUGUUACUGGUGCUGGGAAAGGAUUUGGUCGAGCUAUUGCGAAAAAGUUAGCAGAAUGUGGAGCAGAAACAUUUGCACUUAGUAGAACACAGGCUGAUUUGGAUAGUUUAAAAUCGGAGGUACCAACCAUCAAAGUUAUUAACGUAGACCUACUAGAUUGGGAUAAAACCAGAGAGGAAGUCAGUAAGAUCGGACACAUAGAUCUACUGGUCAACAAUGCUGGCGUAUCUAAGACGUCAUCAUUCAUCGAUACCCCAAAAGAAAACAUUGACAUGAUAUUUGACGUCAACUUUAAAGGAACUUUCAACGUGUCUCAGGUUAUUGCUAAGCAAAUGAUAGACAGUGGAAAAGGUGGAAGUAUAGUUAACUUGUCCAGUACCAUGUCUGAAAAAGCUUUAGCUAAAGGAUGUGUCUAUUCUGCAACAAAAUCAGCUAUUGAUAUGUUAACUAAAUGUAUGGCAUUAGAACUAGGACCUCAUAAUAUAAGAGUGAAUUCAGUUAAUCCUACUGUGGUGUGGACAAAUUUGACACUGCAAUACAAGGACGAAUUAAUGCCACUGCUUGCAUUGACACCAAUGGGCAGAUUUCCAGAGAUAGAAGACGUAGUUAAUGCCGUUGUGUUUUUACUGAGUGACAAGAGUGGAAUGAUUUCUGGUGAAUGUCUCCGACUUGAUGGAGGAUUAGGUGUACAUUGAGAAGUGAUUACAUGAAUCUCUCCGGGUUGAUCAUAUUGAUGGAGGAAACAGUGAUAUUGACAUCUGAUCAGUGUAUUCACGUAUCAAAUAAAUGUUUUAAAUCAACAUGUCACAUACAUAGAUCCUGUAAUGCUAAAUCUUAAUUACAAAUAAAAUUAAAUGAAA